AUGGAUGCCUUUGGCUGCGGGUCAUUGACAAACCACAUGAGCACAACGCUGCUCGACGCUCGUCCUAUAAUUAUAUCCGGCCCUUCUGGCGUUGGCAAGGGUACACUGAUCAAGCGACUGAAGGACAACCACCCGACCAUCUUCGGCUCGGUUGUCUCACACACAACACGCCAGCCGCGACCUGACGAGGCCGAGGGAGUGGCCUACUUUUUCUGCUCCGCGCCCGAGAUCUGGAACAUGAUAAUGCGGAAACAGUUCGUCGAGCACACUUAUUACAGUGGCAACUUUUAUGGCACGAGCAAGAAGGCCAUGGAUGAGCUGAUGAAGAAAGGUGUGGCUCCCAUCCUGGAUAUUGAGAUGGAAGGCGUAAAGCAGAUGAAAGCUUCAGACUUGGUGGCUCGGUAUGUCUUCGUCAGCCCUCCGAGUCUGGAGACACUCGAAGCCCGACUCUGGGAGCGCGGAACGGAAGAUGAGGCGAGCAUCUCGCAGCGGUUGGCACAAGCGAAGCUCGAGCUUGAGUUUGCAGAGACUGGAGUGCAUGACAUUAUCAUCGUCAACGGCGAUCUCGAUGAAGCGUAUCGGCAGCUGGAGGACUUUGUUUUUCAGCGUGGAAGGUUUAAUUAG